GCAAAACAAAAUCAUUAAUCACACCCAAAUAUAAUGGAACACACACCACACAUAAGCAUGACAUUGUCCUCAAUAGAGGAAAAUAAGGAUGGUAAGACGAGGUUACCGGACCAGGUGAUGAAUGAUGGUGGAUGGGAAAGGAGGUGCGUCCCAUGGAAGAGAGAGUCGGUGGAACUGCAAAAACCACACAAAAGCUCACAAAGUCCGAGUUAUUGACUCGAAAAUCGAAAGACUCACUCAGCCAAAGACCAAACGGAAAAUAUUUCAAACCGACUGGUUGGGUUGUUUCCCAACAAAGCGCUUCUUUCACGUCUUUAGUUGGACGAUGGCUCAUAAGUUUUGGUCCACCCCAUGAGCUCUUUGAAGUUGAGGUUCUCAUCGAUAAGGUGGAGUUUCAGUCACGAGCAUGUGGUGUGGCAGGUGAUGAAGGCUCGUGCACUUAAUGCAGAUGUAGUUGAUGACUCGGUAUUUGCACAUGUUUUCCCCUUUGUUUCUUGAUUGUUUGAGCUUGAAUUAUUACUUCUUUGUCCUAUUUUAUGCUAGGUUGUGUUCAUUUGUCACAUUUCAGGUCCUAUCACAUAAAGUGAAGCAUAGGCGCAAGUUUCAAAUCAAUCAGAGAUCAAUUGACGAUUCGGGAGAAGAAACUCAGGCAUGACCUAAAGGAGAAUGGACUUCUACCUCACUUUAUGGAAAAAUAAUCAUGCAAGCUUGUCAUGAAAAGAAAGAGGAUGAGACUACGAGCGUCUGGGAUCAAACGGGGACUGAUUCGGAGUCCGAACGAGGGAGAAACGAAGCAUUAAACAAAGUCUGAGCAAGCCACACGGGCAUCCUGGAACUCCACACGGCCGUGUGGGUCGUGGCCGUGUGGAAAUCACCGAGCCUUCACACGGGCAGAUGGGAAAGCCACACGGCCAUGUGGCCUGGCCGCGUGAUCGGGAAUUUCUGUUUAAAACUCGAUUUUUCAGCCAAAGGAAAGGGGAGAGUUGGGUUUUUGGUUCCCAAACACCCAAGGGACGAACCCUAGAGAGAGAGAGCGACUUGGGAACAUUCUUGGAGCUAUUUUGGAGGAUUUCUUUGCCAUUGGAGCUCGGGAAUCAAGCUUGGAGAUGGAGAUUGAAGAUCUAGAUCAGAUUUCUGCAGUCUCUCUCUUCUCUAUGGAGUAACUUCCCUUCACUUAGGUUUUGAGGAACCCUAGUUCCAUGUGUUAGGAUCUUUCUUGUAUGAAGUUUUGGAUGCUAUACUGUUUGAUUAUAAUCGAUUGAGGCAUGAUUUAUUGAGUCAAUUGAAUCUUGAUCAAAUUCUCUUGAUUUCUGCUUUAACCUAUGAUAGAUAGAAUCUGAUUAGGUUAAGAUAGCUUCCUUGAUUGAUGGUGGUGAAUUGGUUAUACGAAAGUUAGUCAAUCUACUGCUUUGUACUGGAAUCCAAUUCCGGUAGUGGAGUUCUGUGUUCAUAGCCUCAGCUUUCUAUCCCGGUGAAGGUUAGUCGCCUGCCGGGUAGUUGGACUGAGAGGGCUUAGUCAGCUUAAGAGAUUCCAAGCUACUGUCGGAUCUUCCGCAGUUUAAUCAACAGUAGAUCAACCAAAGGUAAUUGCAACUUGGACCUAAUUGAGGAGCUAGGGGGAAUCAUACCUAAGUGAGUUCACAACUUGUAAUUAGUAGAGUAGUCAGUAGAGUAGUUUAUAAAUCAAUCCUUAAUCUAGUUUGCUAGAUAAUGAACUGAAGCUGAGUAAUAGUAACUCUAGAGACCCGUGGAUUCGAUAUUUAUUACUUGUGCCACUAUACUAAAGUCCCUUUCAUUGGUUACACUUGGCCAUUGUUAGGUAUUGUGUUUUAGCGUGUCAAGUUUUUGGCGCCGUUGCCGGGGACUUUCUAGAUUAUUAGGAAAGGCAGAAGUUUGUUACUUUAGCGUUUUUUCUUUUCUUUUCCACCCUUGCUUUUCACUUGGGUGUUUUUUGUUUUUGUUGGUGCAGAUCUGAAUCAUGGAUCCUCAUGGCUUCUCCAAUCAUUGGGGGUAUCCACCACCGCCCGAGUGGUAUUACCCUGAGACUCCUUGGAGCAAUCAAGGAGGAGAAGACUAUGGAUUUGGGUUCCAGUACCAACCCCCUUACUACGGAGAACAAUCAUACCCCUGGGCAUAUCAAGAACAACCUUCUUAUCAAGAAGACUUUCUCCCACAAUCAGAAGGGCCAUUGGAGCUGGAGUUACCCAUGGAGGCCUUCACGGGCCACUCUGCAGAGCCAUGCUACACUUCACUGGAAGAUCCGAACAAACAAUUAAGGCUUCUCGUGAAGCACUUUGCUCGAGACAUUAAAAGAUCAUGCUCCAAGAUGGAUCUUCAAAUCCAAGCCCUUGCCCCUUCCGAUCCCUCAUUUCUCCAUGAAAUGGAGGAGAUUGUUCAGUGCUCAGCGAAGCAAACAGAGUGGGUGGCAAAAGUUUGCUCACAUCCUGCUCAAGAUCACCUUUCUGCUACCAAGCUAGAAGAGGUGGAGGAUGACAAAGGCUACAGGGACGUUGAGGAGCAUACAGAAGUGAUCACAGAGAACUCCCAUGAUAAUCAUUUCUGCUCUAACAUGCUGGGCCCGAGCGAGGAGAUGCAAGAUGAUCUCAUUGAAGAAAUUACAUGGCGACUUGCUCUCCAAUCUAUUCUAGAAGAAGAAGAGAGAGAAAGGUUGAGGGAAGAAGUUGUGGAGGAUGAGGAAGAAAGCAAGGAAGAGGAAGUUCUUGAUCAAUUCCCAGGGGUGAUACCUCAUGAAGAAGAAAGGGAGGUUGAAGAAGCAAUUAGCGUCCAGGCUGAGGACGGAGUUAAGGUAGAAGUGGCCUGCACCGGCCAAGAGUUACAUGAGAUAUCUCCACCAAACUUCGAGGAACUGCUUAGCAAGGACCCAUUUGCAGUGUCUCUUUGCCAGACCAAGGCCACAUCGACAUUGGUCCCUCUUGGUGGACACGAUGGUGGCCAAUCGAUGCUGUCAUAUCUGGUUUGGGGCAAUGGGACGAGAGAAGAGAAGAAGAGGUCUCGAGGAUGGAGACUUCAUCUGCAUCAAGUGCACGAGCUUCCAUCACCAGUCAUACCCCAUGCUCGUGACUUGCGACUCCACCUCAUUGACGAGAACCUCAACUUCAAGGAGGUUCUAGCAUGGACCAAAACUUAGGAGCCAUCGGUUGGCUCACGACGUGAAAGAAGCGCUUGUUGGGAGGCAACCCAACCAGUCGAUUUGCAUUUCUUUCUCUAUUUAUCCUCGGUUGAGUCAGUUUUGUUAUUUGAUUUUAGAGUCAACAACUCAACCUUUGUGAGAUUUUGUGUGGUGUUUGCGUUCUGAUUACUCUCUCUUCCUGGAAUGCACCGCCUGACCCGUCCAUCAUCAUUCACCCUUGAUCUGGUAACUUCGUUCUACCCUCCUUAUCUUUCCUCCAUUGAGGACAAUGUCGUGCUUAAGUGUGGGGGGGGUGUUCGAUUAUGUAUGCGGGUGAAUGUUUGGCUGUUUGUGUGCUUGGAGCCUAGUCCACUGUCCAAAUUUUUAAAUUUGAGGGCUCCAAGUACGUGUUUCCUUGCAAAUUGCCUGCUCAGUAUGCUUUGAAUCGACUUCUCUAUAGUAAUGUGCAACCUAGGGAGGUAGUGUAGCACUAUGGAGGAUGUUGAAGUAUAAGAUUUUUCCUAUCUAGCUCUCUGUUGUGCCAGUUGAUUUUGUGAAGCAGUGGAGCUAAGACAUUUGAAUUCAUGUGGUGAUGGUGACUCUGUUUGGAUUGUGUUAUGGACUCGUGUAUCGAGCAGGGUGCUCAUAUGGAAAAUGGGAAGCAAUUGGUCCUCCAUGUCGAAAUCAUUGAAAUCUUAAACAUGGGGUAAGCCCAACGUGUGUGGCACCGUUCAUUGCACAAAAUUGGGUUUUGGAAGAGAUUUUAGUGAUCCUUAGUGGGGUACUCCUACAAGGUGAAGCUAAGUUGUCUCUAGUACAAGUAAAAUUUUCACCCGUUGAACGGUUUUCCUACUUGAGGAUGUGUUUUUAAGGGCACGGAUAGAGCUUCCGACCCCCCUUGAUUUCAUUGACCCUCUACACGAGUUGAGGAAAAGGAGUUAAAAGAAGUACUCUGGAGAGCGAUAGAUGUACAAAAAUUGCUCUUGCUCGACUAAUAAGGGUCGACCGUGCAAAAGACUGUAGUUGGAACCCCCGCCAAGUGAAUGAAGAAAAAAAGAGAAAAAGAAAUGUAAAUGAAAGUGCAAAAAGGGG